AUGUGUCAGUGUGUUCAUCUGCAGCAGCUCGGGCCCCGGGGCCUCACAUGUGUCAGUGUGUUCAUCUGCAGCAGCUCGGGCCCCGGGGCCUUACAUGUGUCAGUGUGUUCAUCUGCAGCAGCUCGGGCCCCGGGGCCUUACAUGUGUCAGUGUGUUUCAUCUGCAGCAGCUCGGGCCCGGGGCCUCACAUGUGUCAGUGUGUUCAUCUGCAGCAGCUCGGGCCCCGGGCCUCACAUGUGUCAGUGUGUUCAUCUGCAGCAGCUCGGGCCCCGGGGCCUUACAUGUGUCAGUGUGUUCUUCUGCAGCAGCUCGGGCCCCGGGCCUUACAUGUGUCAGUGUGUUCUUCUGCAGCAGCUCGGGCCCCGGGGCCUUACAUGUGUCAGUGUGUUCAUCUGCAGCAGCUCGGGCCCCGGGGCCUUACAUGUGUCAGUGUGUUCAUCUGCAGCAGCUCGGGCCCGGGGCCUCACAUGUGUCAGUGUGUUCAUCUGCAGCAGCUCGGGCCCCGGGGCCUUACAUGUGUCAGUGUGUUCAUCUGCAGCAGCUCGGGCCCCGGGGCCUUACAUGUGUCAGUGUGUUCAUCUGCAGCAGCUCGGGCCCCGGGGCCUCACAUGUGUCAGUGUGUUCAUCUGCAGCAGCUCGGGCCCCGGGGCCUUACAUGUGUCAGUGUGUUCAUCUGCAGCAGCUCGGGCCCCGGGGCCUUACAUGUGUCAGUGUGUUCAUCUGCAGCAGCUCGGGCCCCGGGGCCUCACCCUUCACUGA